CUCAUCCUCGGUAGAAUCGCAUGUCGGAACUGUUGCGUUACGGUGGUAAAGCAGCGUUACAUGACUCGGCUUGAAAAAGCAGCCCACCAAGAACGGCCCAACAGCCACAGCCUACGUAAUUGGCUUCUUCUUAAGGAGAACUUGUGACGAUUGCGAUUCUUGCGACACUUGGGAAAAAAGACUGGACGGAGCACACACGGAGCAGCAGGAAGAGGGGACCCGCUCAGCGCCGACACACGGCUAACUUUGCCUCUUCUCUUGCUGUGCGAUUGUGCAAUCCACACUCAACCAUAUCCAUGUAAGGCCGGCUGCCAAGACACAGUUCCUUUCAAGGUUCUCCUCCACCACCAGCGCCGUUGAUCGCUCGACUCUCUUGCUGUUUUCGCGCAAGUCAGUUUCUCGGUCUCUCCUCUCUCUUGCACGACAUGUACCUGCCAUACCGUCCUGGACAGAUUCGCAACAAUUUGACAACCCACAGCUCCAUCGCGCAACAUACAAAGGACCCCUCUGCUGGUCCGGCACACCCCAACACAGUAUAAGACGUUCCCCGCACAUCCGGCACACGACCACGAUCACAGGCAAUCGCAAACGGUAUUGUUCGCAUCUACUCAUCAUACGAUCUAGAAGGGAACAUCUUUCCCUACCGACGACCCUGAGACCUCCCUAGGGUCUCUGAGGGAUUUGGGGCCCCGAGACCCUUGAAUUCUCUUUCUACAAAGUAGAAAUCACCCUGCAAAACCGAGGGAAAGACGACGGGUUACAGUGCCCCUCUCCGGCCUUUCCGCGCGCGCAGAGACGCGGGCAUGUCCAACCAACAUCACCACCUCACACCCGACGGACAAGCCGUAUCUGCGCCUCGAGCGGAAUAUGGAGUAACGCUUCCGGACCCGCCCGCCGUCGAAGAGCCGCCCUCUUCGCAGCCGACGAGCGACCAUUCGGGAAGAGGCGGGGCAGGCGGAGGGGGCAACGCCAGCAUGGCGGGGGAACAACUCACGCUUGCGGAGCGCUGGGCACUCGACGCCUCGGACUCGCAGUUCAAUGCGCUGGCGGGCGCGGUGGGAGGGUUCAUGUCUGGAGUCGUGACUUGCCCGCUGGAUGUUAUCAAGACGAAGCUGCAGGCUCAGGGGGGAAUAUUGGCGAUGCAAAAGAACAGCCCGCAUACCGGACACCAGAGAGUAGUCUACAAGGGCCUGUUUGGCACGGCUAACAUUAUCUGGAGGGAGGAAGGAAUCAGGGGGAUGUACAGGGGCUUGGGACCGAUCAUUAUGGGGUAUCUGCCAACAUGGGCGGUAUGGUUUACGGUUUACAACAAGAGCAAGAUUUAUCUGUCACAAUAUCAUGACAGACCAUUUGUCGUCAACUUCUGGUCAUCCAUCAUAGCAGGAGCCAGCAGCACGAUUGCAACGAACCCAAUCUGGGUGAUCAAGACACGACUAAUGUCACAGACGACUGGCCAUGACCGGACACGAUUUUCGCUGUAUCCUAAGGGGAGCAACACGCCAACUUCGCGCCCUACGCUCCAUCAGCCAUGGCACUACCGAUCGACACUUGACGCUGCGCGCAAGAUGUACACCACAGAGGGUAUUCUCUCGUUUUAUUCCGGCCUCACUCCCGCCCUUCUCGGUCUCACCCACGUAGCGGUCCAAUUCCCCGUGUACGAAUAUUUGAAGACCAAAUUUACUGGCACGUCCAUGGGUGCUGCCCCAGUAGCCGGCCAGGAAGAUAAAUCGCACUGGUUCGGGAUCUUGUCGGCGUCGAUUCUGAGCAAGAUCAUGGCCAGCAGCGCUACCUAUCCCCACGAGGUCAUCCGAACAAGAUUGCAGACUCAGCGAAGGCCCAUGCCGGGGCAUGAAUACAUGCAGGGUUUUGGAGUGACUGAGCCAUCUGCUUCCGGUCAGAACAAGCCAGCGGUUAGCAACGGUCCGAGAUAUAGGGGCAUCGUGACCACUUUCCGCACUAUUUUGAGGGAGGAGGGUUGGAUGGCUUUCUACGCGGGCAUGGGGACCAACAUGAUGAGGGCUGUCCCGGCGGCCACGGUUACGAUGCUGACGUAUGAGUAUGCGAUGAGGCGGAUGAACGGGCUGAGGGAGAGAGGGAGGCAGAAGCUGGAGGGUGGUGGCAGCGUGGAGAGGAGAGAGAUUUUGGAUUCAUAAAUCCCUUUCUUGAGAGGAAGAGAGGCGCAUAUAAGAUUAUUUGUAAGUAUAAGACACUUGACAAGCAAGCAAGCAGCAUUUGUUUGACGUGCGAGGCAAAGCAAAGCAAGGCGAGUCAAGAGCGAGCAGACAAAGGCAGGCAGGCGAGCUGUCAUAUUUUUGGUUGAUAUGAUAUGGACAUAUUAUUGUUUCCCUCA